CUGGUGUGUUGGAGAAAACAACAACAACAACAAAAAAAAAACAAAAGAAAAACGUCUAAAUGAGCCAAAUUAUUAUAUUCCCCUCCUCCAAAAAAGAAAAACAAAUACAAAGUGAAUUAUACAAACGCUAGCUGCAUGACGUGAUCGGGAUAGCAGGUCACUUGAUUCUUAUUGGCAACUUCAGGAAAUACACAAGAAACUUAUCUUGAGCAGUAAAAGAAAAAACUUCAUCCCCAAAAGUCCCAGGUCAAUGUUCUUGCAUCUCCGUCGAUUUCAUGGAGGUCUUCCAUAAUAGCAUCUUAAUCCCAAUCUUGUUCUUCAUUCCACUAGUUUACCUUCUCCGGGGGAGGAAGAAACAGAAGCAGCUGCGGCCGCGGCCGCCAACCCCGCCGGCGCGGCCAAUAUUAGGCCAUCUCCACCUCCUAAAAAACGCCCCUUUCCAUCUAUCUCUACACAAAAUCUCCAUCAAAUACGGCCCUUUAGUUUCUCUUCGUUUCGGAGUUCGUCCGACCCUCCUCGUUUCAUCUCCAUCUCUUGUAGAGGAAUGCUUUAGCAAGACCAACGACAUCGUUUUCGCGAACCGGCCGGAAUCAGUCUCAGGCAAGAUCGCCGGGUACAACAACACCACCAUCAUACUCUCACCUUACGGAGAUCACUGGCGUAAUCUCCUCCGCGUAACCACCAUUCAUGUGUUUUCUAGGAUUAGUCUUGACCGUUUCUCAUCUCUGAGGACAGAGGAGAUCCGUUUCAUGAUCCAGAAAGUAGUAUUACCGGAGAGUAAUAAUUGCUGGAAAGUGGUGAACUUGAAUUCUUUCUUCAGGGAAUUGGUGCUCAAUGUUAUAACCAAAAUGGUUGCCGGAAAAAGAUGGCCGGCUGAUCAGACAACAGAUUCUUUUGUACCGCAGCAGGUGACAAAUUUAGUCGAUUAUAUUCCGAUUUUAAGAUGGAUUGGCUAUGAUGGAGGAUUGAAGAAGGCUGUGCUCAAAAUACAUAAGGACAGGGACACGUUUAUUCAGAGUCUGAUUGAUGAAGCUCGAUUAUCAAUCCAGGAAGAUAAGAAGCACAAUGUUUCAAAUUCUUCAUCUGGGUUCAAGACAGUUGUUCAGACUUUGCUGUCUUUACAAGAAGAGGAACCUGAUUACUACACUGAUGAUAUUCUCAAAGGAAUUGUGCUGCCUCUGUUUUCGGCUGGGACGCAUACUUCAGCUCAGACACUGGAAUGGGCAAUGUCUUAUAUAUUAAAUCACCCUGAUGUACUGCAGAAAGCAAAGAAUGAAAUCGACAACCUUAACCUGAAACCAGGGGAUCUUAUAUCCGAUAAAGAUCUCGCAAAAUUACCUUAUUUGCGUUGCAUAAUCAACGAAACGCUUCGACUUUCGCCUCCAGCACCAACUCUAAUUCCUCAUUAUUCAUCUGAGGAUUGUACAAUAGGAGGAUUCAGGAUUCUUAAAGGCACAACUUUGAUAGUCAAUGCUUGGACUAUCCAUAGGAAUCCUAAUGUUUGGGAAGAACCCGACAAAUUUAUUCCGGAGAGAUUUGAAGGAUUUGAUGAUCAUGGAGGAGUUAUUAAUGAAGGGUCCUCCAAGUUCUUACCAUUUGGUAAGGGGAGAAGAGCUUGUCCAGGAGCUGCCAUGGCGAUGAGGCUAAUCGGGUUGACAUUGGCGUCGUUGAUUCAGAGGUUUGAUUGGAAAAGGGUUGGGACUGAAAUGGUGGAUUUGGAAGGAGAAGCUGUUCCGACUUUGGGCAAAUCCAAACCUCUGGAAGCACUUUACAAGCCUCGUGAGUCAUAGGAUUAAGAGAUUCAUGUUGUAAUUGUUCUUACUCGGGGCUUGAAGAUUUUUGUUUUUUAGUCAAUGUUUGAUCUGUAAAGUGUUUUUGUCUAUUGUCAAUGAUGAAGAGCUCUUGUAGACAUUGUGAUCAUAUAGAAUCCAAUUAUGUAGCGUUUCUUUUUAACACGGUCAUAAUAUCUUGUCCAUAGAGAUUAAACAUUGUUUCAAAAUACUCCUUAUGUACUAAAAUGUUUGUUGUGAAAAUACAAACUGAACAAUAAUUUUAGAACGAAAAAAGUAUUUUAAUUCUUACCCAC